GCGCUCAGAGCUCCUCCCGCCUCGUUACUUUGCCGCCGCCAUGCCGAUGAAAGGCCGCUUCCCGAUCCGGAGGACGCUGCAGUAUUUGAGCCAAGGCGAUGUCGUCUUCAAGGACACCGUGAAGGUCAUGACGGUCAACUACAACAUCCACGGCCCGCGCAGCGAAGGAGCCAGAAAAUUCGUGUUUUUCAACAUCCCCCAGAUUCAGUACAAAAACCCUUGGCUCCAGAUUGUGAUGUUCAAGAACAUGACGCCCUCACCCUUCUUAAGAUUCUAUUUAGAUUCUGGGGAGCAAGUCCUGGUUGAUGUAGAAGAGAAGACUAACACAGAGAUAACUCAACAUAUUAAGAAAAUUCUUGGUAAAAGCGAGAAAACACUCCAGACAGAAGCACAAGAAAAAAUGAAGCUUCGGCAUCCCGCAACAUUUGGCCCCAGAAAAUACCACUUGCGGGAAUGUAUGUGUGAGAUUGAAGGCCAAAUUCCCUGCCCUGGUAGAGUGCCAUUGCCAAAGGAGAUGACUGGCAAGUACAAAGCAGCCAUGAAAGACUCCGACCCAUCCUAAACCAAUGUCUUUGCCUACAUCUAGGAUGAAAACAGCAGAAUAAUCUGUCAUCCUUUGGAUCCAGAUGGAAGUAUAAUAUUCUCUAAGAGAACAUUAAAAUGACUGCAAAAUAGCUGGAUUUUAAUACAAGCAGAAGGGUUUUUAAUAAUAAUAAACUCAUGGGCUUGUUCUUGUCAUGGCUUGGA